CUGACGCUGGGAGGCCGAGCGCCAGUAGGCGAACGCGGCCUGCACAGGAUCGCAGCUCGCUCUGCGCCCGAUAAGUCCAGCUUCGCGUGUUGCACAGACGCGCGGACGCAGCGAUUAAUCGGCGAUAAUUGGCCGCGCCGAGUGUGGCCUGUGCGACGAGGAAGCUCCGAAUAAACAGUGAAGCGAGCCGAGCUGGAUCCUGGAUCCUCAUCCGAGUGUCGCUGUCUGGGAGACGGAAGAGGACGCAGCCUCCGGAGUACUGCACUGGUAUAUACGUCGUGCGAGUGCCGAGUGUCGCGUAACUGCGUCGGGCGGCUGAGUGUGUGCGUGCAACAAGUCCACUCGGUGCAGCGCUCUGCGCGUAUAGAGGGAAAAGGCCAUCAGCGCGGGAGAGAAAUCUGGCCGCCGCUGAUACUAUAGAAGCAGCGAGCGAGGGGGCCGAGCCCGAGGACGAGGAUGCGCCAUGGAUGUCCUAGCUGUAGCCUGCGCUCUCGUAGCCGCGGCGCUCUACUACAACACCAUCUACGCGGGAUUCGUCUACGACGAUAGACGGGCGAUACUGACGAACGCCGACCUGAAGCCGAGCACGCCGUGGUAUCGGCUGCUGGAGAAUGACUUCUGGGGCACACCGCUGCGGGAGCGAGGCUCUCACGGCAGCUAUCGACCGCUCUGCGUGGCCACUUACCGGCUGAACUACCUGCUCGGCGGACUCGAGCCGCUGGGAUACCACCUGGUCAACGUACUGCUGCACGCGCUCUGCACGGCCCUCGUCGUUCGCAUCGCCAAGAAGGUGCUGCCGGGCCAGCGGCUGGCGCAGGCGAUAGCCGGCCUGCUCUUCGCGGUCCACCCGAUCCACAGCGAGGCGGUGGCCGGGAUAGUGGGCCGCGCGGACCUGCUCGCCUGCCUCUUCGCCCAGGGGGCCUUCCUCUUCUACGUGGACCACCAGGAUGCCGACUGGCCCGUCCUCAAGCUCGCGCUCACCCUGGGCUUCUCGCUGCUGGCGACCCUGGCCAAGGAGACCGGCAUCUCCUCCCUGGCGCUCUGCCUGCUCUGGGACUUCUGCCACAGCGAGGCCCUGCUGCGCAAGCUGCGCACCCGCUGGGCCAACUCGUCGACCAUCGUCGCCGGGAGCCUGGCCAUCAUCACGCUCGGCCGGCUGCGGCUGGCCGGCGGCCGGACCCCGGAGUUCGCGAGCGCCGACAAUCCCGUGGCGCGGCACCCCUCCCGCCUGGCCCGGGGCCUGACCUUCCUCUACCUGCCCGCGGCCAGUCUGGGCAUGCUGCUCUGCCCGUGCUCGCUGAGCUUCGACUGGGGCAUGAGCGCCGUGCCCCUGGUCACCGGGCUCCUCGACCCGAGGAACCUGCAGUCGCUGCUGCUCUACGCGAGCCUGGGCCUCGCCUGCCUCUGGGCCCUGCGCCGGCUCCGGGCCUCGGCCGCCCCGCCCGCCGAGCACCAUCAGCCGGACCCUCUGCUCCAGCAGCAGCUGCUGCUGCACCAGCAGAAGCCCGUCUACGACAGCUGCCCGGUCUGCGCGGGCCGGCGCACCGGGGCCUGCCACACCGACGGCUGCCGGGCGGCCAACAACAACAACGGGCCCGUCGCCGAGUGCCACUGCCCGAAGCGCCGCUUCCACCAGAGCCAGCAGCAGCAGCAGCAGCAGCUCCGGCUGAGCGCCGCCGCGGCCGCGAUGUCAACGCGCAGGGCCUCCUCGCUCCUCACCAUCCUCGGCUUCCUCGUCUUCCCCUUCCUCCCGGCGAGCAACCUCUUCUUCUACGUGGGCUUCGUCAUCGCCGAGAGGAUACUCUACCUGCCGAGCGUCGGAGCCUGCCUGGGUGUGGCCGCCGCGAUCUCCCAGGCGCACCGGCUCGCCAGGCGCAAGGGCUGCCCCAACCUCGCCAGGGGCAUACUCCUGCUGACCGGGCUGCUGCUCAGCUGCAUGGCCGCGAGGACGCUCUGGAGGAACGCCGACUGGCACAACGAGGAGAACCUCUACAGGUCGGCCCUGAGGAUCAAUCCGCCGAAAGCCUACGGCAAUUUGGGCAGCGUGCUGAGCGCCCAGGGACGCGUCGACGAGGCUGAGGAAGCCUUCAUCGAGGCGCUGAGAUAUCGACCGAACAUGGCUGACGUCCACUACAACCUGGGCAUCCUUCAGCAGGGCAGACGGAAUUACGAGGAGGCUAUCUUGAGCUACCAGAGAGCGAUCCACUUCCGACCGUCCCUGGCUCAGGCCUACGUGAACCUGGGAGCUACGCUGGUGUCGGUAGGCCGAGGCACCGAGGCGGUGGCGGUUCUCCGAGCUGGCGCGUCCCUCGACGGCUCAGCAUUGAAGGACAAGAAGGCCCACGAGGCAGCUCGGGUACAGGCCUUACUGCAGCUCGGCUCGCUCUACGCCGAACAGGGACGGCUCCACAAGGCUCUGUCUUCCUACCGGGAAGCGCUCAGGAUGCUGCCCGAUCAUUAUCCACCCCAGAGCGUGUACAAUCUGCUCGGGGAGACGCUGUCUCGCCUGCAGCAAUACAACGAGGCGGAAAAAUGGUUCCAGGCGAGUCUGGCAAGUCAGCCGGACCACGUACCCGCCCACAUAACUUAUGGAAAGCUUCUGGCUCGUAACUCGAGUCGCGUGUCCGAGGCGGAGAGGUGGUUCCUGCGCGCUCGCAGGCUCGCGCCGCAGGACCCAAGCGUGCAUCACCACUACGGUCUCUUCCUGAGCAUGCAGGGCCGGCUAUCGGAGGCAGCGGAGGCUCACCUCGAGGCGGCCUCCCUCUCGCGCUCGGACUACGAGCUUGCAGUGGCCGCGGCUUCGAGCUUGCGACGCGCGUCGCGCUGCGAGGAGGCCGAGAUCUGGUACAGGCACGCGCUAGGCCUGAAACCGUUCGAGGCGCGAAGCCACGCCAACCUUGGGGCCAUACUUCAUCUCAACGGCAAGUACCAGCAAGCUGCCGCCGCUUACAGAGAAGCCCUCAGGCUUCAACCCGGCGACGCCACCACUAUCACGAAUCUUCACAAGCUCGCUGCGCUGCUGGCUUAACCGGCGGCUGAUUACGCGCUUCUUCAGACUUCAGAGCUUCUCAGACGAUCCGUAUGUCUCGAGGCUUUCGAGGCGAUGUUUUCUUCUCUUUUGCGUGUAACCACACUCCGACUGUUUCGCUGAAGCGCAUAUGCAACUUUCCUCGUAACUUAUGAACAAACUGUCGACCCGAUAACCGAUUAAACAUUCACGGGCUGGAAUAAGACGAACGAACAAUUUCGAAUGCGCAUGUCUGAAAGCUUUGGAAAGUAUCGCCCCGACAGCAGAAAUUUCAUAACACACACGAGAUCGUAGAAAGCUUCCCUUAUUUUGUUCUCUUCAUUCUUGCAUGUAUAUUUGUGAUUUAUAUUUUCAAUUCUUCUUAUUCUUUCUUCAUCGACUCAUACUCGCGAUACAAGUGAAUCUCUGGACGCCUCGUAACCGCAAGCUCAAUAUAUAUAUAUAUAUAUAUA